AUGCUCCCGGGCGAAUUCAGAAGGUCUUCCGGUGCAAAGCGUGCCGUGGAGGUCGCAAAUCUAUCUGGCGGAUGCGGCAGCCUUUCGAUCUCGAUGAAAACCGAAGAAAAAUGUUUUGGUAUCACGUUAAUUUCCACACAGAGAUACAUCACUGUGCGCCUAUGCGGAACAAUGAUCGAAAUGAUAAUGAUGGAAACUCCUUUAUUCGCUUUCGUGAUGCUGCAUUGGUUUAUACCUUUGCUGAUUACUGCACCACUUACCAAAUCCUUUGGUGGUAUUACGUAUGAGUCCAGGGAAACUAUGGAAGUGAUUGUCCCACAAAGCUCAUUAGCGAGCAGCCAAGUCGAGUUUCGGCUAGUGUUGAACUCCGCGACUCCUUUUCCGGAACGGUGUUAUCAAGCUGAGAAGAAGAUGGGUGGUGUUUGGAAUCAGCUCUGGAUGUUCGGAUUUUCUAACAAACGAAGAAAAAAACGACAUGAAAUUCGACUUAGUAUCCAGUUCGCUGGUUUGAUGAUCGCCUUCCUUUUUUUUUUUGUUUACAGUGUCGGUCAAUACGUUUUCAACCACACGAGACAGAUCGCCCUCCUCUAUGAGUGGAGACAACUGAAUCCUUUAAUGAACUGCUUUUUGUCAUGUAUUCAGCCGUGGAUGUGUCUAUUUUUCAACAACGACAUCAGAGGCAAAUUGCUUAGAAUUCUCGGAUAUCGGCGAAGUGAAGUGAAGCAAACCAGUUUUGUCAUGCCAGUCACUUCGCACACUUCAAGGAAAUGA